CGCCAAAGGAUGGUAGCUUCCUCGUGCACAGCGCUGGAUGCCAAGGAAUACAAUGCGACAAAGCAAGCCGUACGACAGUUAAAGCUCCAGUCGAUGGGGAGCGCCGUCGUCGUUGGCAGCGGGGUCGCGUCGUCUCAAUUAACAAAGGCGUUGCAAUUAUGCCGCCGCGACAUGUCUGCCGCCUUGGCCGAACACACCAUGAUCGUUCGGACAUCGGGUAUUCGACCCGGUCGUGAAAACAUCCUCGUCGAGCAUGUCGAUGCCAUUCGAGAGUCAUAUGAGCUAGCAUUGUCCAACGUGGCCGAUGCGUACAAAACUAUGGAAACGCAGUGGAUGGAUCAGCUCCAGCAGCAGCAAAACCUGCAUACAGAUGCCUUGGAAACCAACGCCAUGCAAUUGCAAGAGCGGGAAAAAGACAUGGAGACGUGGCAGCAGCAGGUGGAAACGCAGCAUUUUGAAGACCUCGAGCGACUCACGCACUCGUACGAUGCCAAAGUCGUCGAGAUCCAAGCCUUGUGCAACGCCAAACUCGCCCAGACGAACGAGACAUGCCAAGCCACGGUGGACGCCGUGCGGUCCAAGAUGAAAGCGUGGAAACAUGCGUUUGAAAUCAAAGUCAAGGACGCCGUGCAUGGCAAGAUCGAACAGUUGAGAGCCCACUCCGAGCACGAGCUCAAGAUCGUCAUGACCGAAAUGGACAAGCAAGCGCAGGUCCUCGAGGACGCGCUGCAUGUUGCCAAGAAGCAAGUUCAGUCCAUGGAGGUCCGAGUGCGCGAACUGACGGCGCAGCUGCUCAAGGCCCAAGCCGACGAAACCCACACAGACGAGAAACUUCGAGGGCUGCAGCAGGCGUUGGCCCACGAACAAGCGCAAGUGAGCCACUUUCAGCACCUGUACGAGACUAUGGUGCAGUCCUGUGCGCAACAGCGACAAGAACUGGCAAGGGAAACCACCCGCCGUCUUGAGCAACAAGCAGCGGCGCACGCCGAAGUCGAGCGGCACAUCCACGCCGAGCAUCAGCGAGAGCUGGACAAGCUGCACGAACGUGUGCGAAUCGCCAUCGCCACCAAGGGCGAGAUCAUCAAUCGACUGCAAACUCAAGUGACCGCAGCCAUGGCACGAGCACACUCGUCCGAAGCAGUGUUGGUGCAGCUCAACUCCGACAUGCAGACUUGUGGGUCACACGUCACCACGAACAAGGAAGCGUUUCGACUCGAUAUAACGUGA